AUGGGUAUCAACAAACACGUUUCGACAGUCCGUCAUGCCACCCUAUCCCGACGAUGGAACAAGCGUCGAGAAUUCAACCCGAACGAAAUCUACGGCCCGGGCAUUGAUCUGAAUCAGAUUGAGAUCUGUGAUGAUGAGCACUGGAGCUUCACUUGGUCCGACAGCGAGGGCGCCUUGUCAAACCAAGCACCACCCUCCCAGCUGGCUGCCACGUCACCUGCCCUCCUCCAAACGCCGACACGAGUCUGA